AUGAUCGAAACACUUGUAGCCACGGACGCUCAGGAGCUGCUGCAGCAGCUCACAGCCCUGCUGGAGCAGGAGCUGAGAUGUCAGCCAAAGGCCUCUGGGCUGAGACUCCUUGAAUCUGCUCACGAUAAUGGGCUCCGAAUGACUGCCAGGCUGCGAGACUUUGAAGUGAAAGAUCUCCUCAGCUUAACUCAGUUCUUUGGCUUCCAUACGGAGACGUUCUCACUUGCUGUGAAUUUCUUGGAUAGAUUCUUGUCAAAAAUGAAGGUACAGCCUAAACACUUGGGCUGUGUUGGACUCAGCUGCUUCUAUCUGGCUGUGAAGGCAUCAGAAGAAGAGAGAAAUGUUCCCUUAGCCACUGACUUAAUUCGAAUAAGCCAGUACAGGUUCACUGUUUCUGAUAUGAUGAGAAUGGAGAAAAUCAUAUUGGAGAAGCUGUGCUGCAAAGUCAAAGCUACAACAGCCUUCCAAUUUCUACAACUGUAUCAUUCACUUAUUCAUGAGAAUUUAAGCUCUGAAAGGAGAAAAUGCCUUAAUUUUGAGAGACUUGAGACCCAGCUUAAGGCAUGUCACUGCAGAGUCAUGUUUUCUAAAGCCAAGCCUUCUGUCCUGGCACUGUCUAUUAUGGCACUGGAGAUAGAAGAACAAAAACUGCUGGAGUUGGCAGAGGCAUUGGAAUUUCUGCAGUUGCAUUCCAAGAUAAACAACAGAGAUUUGACCUUCUGGAAAGAACUGGUGUUGAAGUGCCUUACAGAAUAUUCCUCGAGCAAGUGUUCCAAACCAAAUGUCCAGAAAUUAAAAUGGAUUGUGUCUCGACGUACAGCAAGGCAGCUUAAACAUAGCUACUACAGAAUAACACACCUUCCUACAAUUCCAGAGACCAGCCCGUAAGAGGAUUACAUUAAAAUGAGGAGAGAACCAUCUUAUGUGACCUUGUCAACAGGCACGUGAAUAUCUGAAACAUGAUCUUAAUAAACGAAGAGCUCAACUCAUGGAAAGAAUAUGUAACAUUUCAGACUAAAGAUCCUUCCAGCAAA